AGGAAGAAAGUGGGUCCCAUCCAAAAACCUCACCGAUUUCUUAGAUCUUCGAAACCUCUCUCUCUCGCAUUCACACUCUCGUUCGUUUGAUUUUGGAUCAAGAUACAAUGAGCUGUUUUGGCUGUUGUCGCGACGAUGAUUUGCCUGGAGCUGCUGAUUAUGGAGCUCAUAAUAUGACCAAACAAUCUGGAGGAAAUGAUGGAAGGCGCAACGGUUCUGAAACUGCACAAAAAGGUGCUCAAAGUGUGAAGGUGCAGCCUAUAGAAGUAGCUGCUAUUCUCGCUGAUGAACUGAUAGAAGCUACUAAUGAUUUUGGAACAAAUUCUCUUAUCGGUGAAGGCUCGUAUGCGAGAGUGUAUCACGGGGUGUUAAAGAAUGGCCAGCCUGCCGCGGUUAAGAAGUUAGAUUCUAACAAACAGCCUGAUGAGGAAUUUCUUGCCCAGGUUUCCAUGGUUUCGAGGUUGAAGCAUGCUAACUUUGUUGAGCUGCUUGGUUACUCUGUUGAUGGGAAUUCACGGAUACUGGUCUUUGAGUUUGCCCAAAAUGGAUCUCUUCAUGAUAUUCUUCAUGGGAGAAAAGGUGUGAAGGGAGCAAAGCCUGGUCCACUCUUGUCGUGGCAUCAACGAGUGAAGAUUGCGGUUGGAGCAGCAAGAGGGCUUGAGUACUUACAUGAAAAGGCAAAUCCACAUGUCAUCCACCGUGACAUAAAGUCCAGCAAUGUUCUAAUCUUUGAUAAUGAUGUAGCCAAAAUCGCUGACUUUGAUCUGUCAAAUCAAGCUCCUGAUAUGGCAGCACGCCUUCAUUCAACUCGUGUUCUUGGAACCUUUGGUUACCAUGCCCCUGAAUAUGCAAUGACUGGGCAACUGAGUGCCAAGAGUGAUGUAUACAGUUUCGGAGUUGUAUUGCUCGAGCUUCUUACAGGUCGAAAGCCUGUUGAUCAUACAUUGCCUCGAGGCCAGCAAAGUCUAGUCACAUGGGCUACACCAAAGCUAAGCGAAGACAAGGUUAAGCAGUGUGUUGAUUCAAGACUCGGAGGAGAUUACCCUCCAAAAGCUGUUGCUAAGUUAGCUGCUGUUGCUGCAUUGUGUGUACAAUACGAAGCUGAUUUCAGACCAAACAUGAGUAUUGUCGUGAAGGCUCUGCAACCAUUGUUGAAUGCCCGGACCGGACCUGCGGGAGAAGGAGCACCUUAGUGUUAAGUGUUAAAUAACCCUUAGCCGUCACCGUUUAAAGAAGUUCUUUUAUUUAUACUGGAAAAAUCAUUCUCAUACAACAAUCAAGAUAGUGUUCAUAG